GAGGGACGGCAAACUAUCCCAGAAGAGUGGGAUAAGAAUGGGUGUUACCAGAUUGGUCGAUCUCGUGGGACCGGCCGUGUUGGGAUUGGUCGAACGAUUGGUCCCAAGUUGGGCCCAUUGGUUGCUAGCGAGACAGGCGUGAACCGAUGGGCAUGUACAGGUGAGUCCGCAGAAGUAGGGGAAAUCGGUAGCGUUGGUAAGACACGACUCUCUUCUCAGGCACCUUCGAUGCAGUCGAACAGAUCGCAGCGAUCGCGAAGCGGCAGUCCUCUCCCGUCCAUCGACGUGGUCGCACCGAGUCUCGUGGAGGUUCGAGAGAGACAGAGAGUGACUGACGUUACGCACACGAGGAAAAUAAAUAGAAAAAGAAAUAACGUAUCUAUUGCGCGCGAAUGGACGAGAAAUUAUAGAGGAGUAGAAGUGAGAGGGAAAGAAAAGAAACGAAGGAUAGAAACGAAAGAGAGACAGAAAGAGAGAGAGAGAGAGAGAGAGAGAGAGAGAAAGAUCACACGUGAUCGAGAUUGUCGCGAGUAAAUAUGUAAAAAUCCUUUUUUUUUAUCGUUUCGUAUUGUUUUUCGUUCGAGAGAUUUCAAGAUCGGUGAUAGAUGCUUAUCGUUAUCCGACGCUGAAUAAAAAAAAGUUUCUCGCCUGACUCAAGGUCAUCGUAUCGAGAAAAGAACAAGAAGAAGUAAAAGUAUUGGAAGAAGCAGAAGAAGAAGAGGAGGAGGAGAAGGAAGAAGAAAAAGAAGAGGAAGAAGAACCGCCCGUACCACAGUUCACGUUGAUUAACACGCCACGUGCUCGAAGGAAAAUGUUUCUCGCGAGAUAUUGACGAAUGACUUUUCGUUUCCUUUUUCUUUUUUAUCGGACGAACAUCUUUCUUUUUCUCUCGGCUCCUUCCUUCGAGGAUCUGAAAGGGGAAAUUAGUUAUAUACAGUGUGUAAACGUGUGAACGCUGACUCGGACUAUACUAACAGGUCGGAUUUUUCGUUAAGUGAUAUUGCUAACUACCUACCAGGAAAUUUGCGUGGAUAUCUUAAUAAUAAAGAUGAACCAACAGUGCAAGGUCUGUGGUGAGCCAGCAGCAGGUUUUCAUUUCGGUGCUUUCACAUGCGAGGGUUGUAAGUCAUUCUUUGGUCGAACGUACAACAACCUUGGUAGUAUUUCGGAAUGCAAGAACGGAGGUGUAUGCGUGAUCAAUAAGAAGAAUCGUACGGCAUGCAAGGCUUGCCGGUUGAAGAAAUGUCUUAUAGUCGGCAUGUCUAAGUCCGGUUCGCGUUACGGCAGGCGCUCCAACUGGUUCAAGAUCCACUGCCUACUUCAGGAACAAACGAAUGGAAAUCAGAGCGUCGGUGUGUCACCGGGUGCCCCUUCUCCGUUUGGCCCUACCUUCCUUCCGGGAUUCCUACCGCAGUCUCAAGGUCAACAAGCUACUGGUGCCAUUUACGGUUCCAAGGAUGCCAAGGACCCCGGCUCGCCCAGCCAAGAUGAUCUGGCGUUGCAGUCUCAUCUUCUGCACGUGGCGAUGUUGAAGCAGGAAAGAGAGCGGAGCAACAAGUCGCCUCAUCCGGACGACGUGGCGUUACAGAAUCAGUUGCGUAUGCUAGCUUGGCGCAGAGAACGCGAUAGGAUCAAUGGUAAUAGUCAACAGCCGCCAUCUUCGACGCCACCGAGAGAGGCCACGCCGCCGUUUGUAUGUAAACGACAACAACAACAACAACAACAACAACAACAACAACAGCAGCAGCAGCAGCAACAGCAACAACAACAGCAACAGCAGCAACAGCAACAGCAACAACAACAACAACAGCUACCACAACCAAUCUCGUCACCUAUAUAUCCAAUAAGUUUUGCCCAUAAAGACGUAGUAGUGGCAAGUAGCCCACCGGAAGUCUUUAGACCGUUCUUACCGAGCUACAAAAGGUCGACCGACACGCCGAGCGACAGCGGUGCCUCAUCCACCGAAGGCGGUGCCGACGGAUUACACGAUACCGAAUCGAGAAGCAACUCAGCCUUGAGCUACUUCAAGUCCAAUGCUGCCUCCCCUACUUUGUCAGAUCGUGAUUUCCCUGCGAGGAAGAUCAAUGCCACGGUCACACUUACCGCCGGCUACCAUCCGCAUGCGCUCGGUUUAAUAUAUCCUCCGCCUGGUCUGAUAACGCCAGCUACUUCGCAACACUCGCCACGUGGCGGCGAUCUAUUACUGGUUAGUCCAAGUCCAGGUGGACUCGCUAUCGAACAAGACGAACCGAUCGAUUUAAGCGUUAGAUCGAGACUCGGUAGUUCCCCGAGACCAAGUAGACAAGGUGUAGCUACUACCGCCGAAGACGAGGAUAACGAGGACGAGGACGAUGAAUCUAAUGGGAAAGAGGAAGAAAGGGAUACUAUCAAAGACGAAACUACGAUGAAAGGGAAACCGUUAGAUCUAACUCUUACCGUGAAGAGGCCCGCGGAGUUACCAGUUUCACUUUGAGCCCUCUUUUCUCUUCUCUUUUUUCGAGCCGGCGAGAUAGGCUUUAUUUCUAAUAGUAAUAUGUGUUCAUUUCUUGUACAUAUAGAUACCAAGCGUUAUCAACGAAGCGAACAACACGAACGCUUCCUUUUUUUUUUAUUUAUUCUGAUUUAAACGACGAUUCGAUCGAUUCUAUCGGAUCUUUAAUUGGAAUCGAUAUAAAAGAAAUACACAUAGAUCAAUUGUUCGAUCGAGAAGGGCCUUAUAUAUAUAUAUAUAUAUAUUUAUAUAAACCGUAAAUAUGUAUACAUGUUCGUACGGUAUAUUACGAUGAUUGAUCGUUCGGUAAUUACGUUAUUUUCAUGUGUAACGUACAGCUAUUAAGCAAUUCUGAUUAUUUUUGUCAAUAAAUCAUCAUGCAUAUUUCGAAUGGGAACGAAACAACUCGAUGCGUAUCUAAUUGCACGCUGAAAGAGUAUUCGUCACGAUAUAUAAUAUAAUAUAAUAUAAUAUAAUAUAACAUAUAUAUAUAUACAUAUAUACAUAUGUAUAUAUAUAUAUAUAUAUAUAUAUAUAUAUAUAAAUAUCGAAAUAAUCUAUCAGUUGUAAAUAGUCAAGUGGGUGAAUUGUCUGCGAAAUCGAUAUCGCUUUCUCGCUUCUGCUUGGUGUAUGAACCUCUUUGCUGGUGUGAGACAAAAAUUUUUAACGUGAUUCUUUUUCAUUUACUCUCUCUCUAUUUUUCUCUCUUUUCAUCUUCAUCACUUCUUCUACUUCUUUUUCUUUUUCAUCAUUUUUUGUUUGCCUAAUUUUUAUGUUUUCGACAUAUUUGUUUUUUUCUGUUGUAAAUAUAUCCACGAAGGCGAUAGAGACGAGUAGUCAGUACCUAAGCGUCAAAUGAAAUACAUAUUUUUGUUUAAUCAA